AUGUCUGGCUCCUACGAUGAGGCCUCGCUCGCUCCAGAGGAGACCACCGACAGCUUCUGGGAGGUGGGGAACUACAAGCGGACGGUGAAGCGCAUCGAUGACGGGCACCGGCUGUGCAACGACCUGAUGAACUGCGUGCAGGAGCGCGCCAAGAUCGAGAAGGCGUAUGCGCAGCAGCUCACCGACUGGGCCAAGCGCUGGCGCCAGCUCAUCGAGAAAGGCCCACAGUAUGGCAGCCUGGAACGGGCCUGGGGUGCCAUGAUGACGGAGGCGGACAAGGUGAGCGAACUGCACCAGGAGGUGAAGAACAGCCUGCUGAACGAGGACCUGGAGAAGGUCAAGAACUGGCAGAAGGAUGCCUAUCACAAGCAGAUCAUGGGCGGCUUCAAGGAGACCAAGGAGGCUGAAGACGGCUUCCGCAAGGCCCAGAAGCCCUGGGCCAAGAAGAUGAAGGAGCUAGAGGCAGCCAAGAAGGCCUACCAUCUGGCCUGCAAAGAGGAGAAGCUGGCCAUGACCCGGGAGAUGAAUAGCAAGACGGAGCAGUCGGUGACACCUGAGCAGCAGAAGAAGCUGCAGGACAAAGUGGACAAGUGCAAGCAGGAUGUGCAGAAGACACAGGAGAAGUAUGAGAAGGUGCUGGAUGACGUGGGCAAGACCACACCCCAGUACAUGGAGGUCAUGGAGCAGGUGUUUGAACAGUGCCAGCAAUUUGAGGAAAGGAGGCUGGUCUUCCUCAAGGAGGUGCUGCUAGACAUCAAACGUCACCUCAACCUAGCUGAGAAUAGCAGCUAUGUUCAAGUGUACCGCGAGCUGGAGCAGGCCAUCCGGGGGGCCGACGCCCAGGACGACCUCAGAUGGUUCCGCAGCACCAGCGGCCCUGGCAUGCCCAUGAAUUGGCCUCAGUUUGAGGAGUGGAACCCAGACCUCCCGCACACCACCACCAAGAAGGAGAAACAGCCCAAGAAGGCAGAGGGGGUAGUGCUGACCAAUGCUGCUGGGAUGGUGGAGUCCACAUCCCAGGCUGGGGACCGCCACUCAUGCUGGGUCCUCUCUCUGCCUCUCAGUGUUAGCAGCUACGACAGGGGCCAGACUUACGCCACUGAGUGGUCGGACGACGAGAGCGGGAAUCCAUUUGGGGGAAAUGAAGCCAACGGGGGCGCCAACCCCUUCGAUGAAGACGCCAAGGGAGUGCGUGUGCGGGCGCUCUACGACUACGACGGCCAGGAGCAGGACGAGCUCAGCUUCAAGGCUGGAGAUGAGCUCACCAAGCUUGGCGAGGAGGACGAGCAGGGCUGGUGCCGCGGGCGGCUGGACAGCGGGCAGCUGGGCCUCUAUCCCGCCAACUACGUGGAGGCCAUCUAGCUACCCUGCUCCCCUCCACGUCACCCCCACUCCUCACCCACCGCCUCCCCUCCCUGCCCACUCUUGUCCUCCUCCCCUCGCCAUAGAGUUCCAGACAUAUUUUCCAAUCAAGCUUUUAUUUUUUUAAAAGUCAA